AUUUCCUUAAUCGUCACAUACAUUAUGGGUUAUGGCCAAUGGUUAUAGCCAGUAAAAACUAGGGGUAGCUAGGCACUGGAGAGUCAAGUAUUUGAAUUGACCGACAAUCGCUGAGCUGUCACAGUUAGCCUGUUUCUUUACCGACUGCUAUGUUAGGUUACAGUCUGGCAACUGUGGAAGAAGUCACAGUUAGCCUGUUUCUUUACCGCCUGCUAUGUUAGGUUACAGUCUGGCAACUGUGGAAGAAGUCAUAGUCAAGAGACUCAAGAAGCUUGAGCUGUGGCUAGCGACCCGACGUACAUUAUUUACCACAGUUUUCAUUAGCUAGCUAGCCUAGUUAGCUACUUUAACAUUAGUUAGGUUAACAAUGUCGUUCAUUAUGAUGAAGAAAAAUAAAUUCAAAUUUAAGGUAGAUUUCGAGUUGGACGAACUAUCUUCUGUUCCCUUUGUCAACGGGGUCUUGUUCUGCAAAGUACGGCUCCAAGACGGUGGCUUUACUGAAGAGUCCUCUCGGGAGCAGGUCCAGGCUAACUGUGUGCGCUGGAGGAAGAGGUUCUCCUUCCUGUGUAAGAUGAGUGCAAACGCUGGGACAGGAGUACUGGACCCUUGUGUGUGCCGGGUGUCUGUGCGCAAGGAAAUGAAGGGUGGAAAGACCUUUGCAAAGCUGGGUUUUGCUGACCUGAACCUGUCAGAAUUUGCUGGCUCUGGCAGCACCAUGCGGCGAUGUCUACUAGAGGGUUACGAUACCAAGAACACCAGACAGGACAACUCCAUACUCAAGGUCGUCAUCAGCACACAGCUCAUGUCUGGGGACCCCUGCUUUAAAACGCCACCGUCCACAGCCAUGAAACUGGGCAUCCAGCAGGCAGAGGCAGAGUGUCUCUACGAAGACAGGAAGGGAGGGGACACCCACACACCCUGCCUCCCCAUACCAGAGCCCCCAAGGAAGUGUGUAUCUGUUCCGGAUGAGCUAAGAGCAUAUGGCCACUCUAGGACAUCCAGCUAUGCCAGCCAACAGUCCAAAGUGUCAGGCUAUAGCUCAGGUCACUCACGCUCCUCCAGCCUAUCAGAGCUCACACACAAGAGGAACCCCUCAGCGGGCUCUGCCUCCACUGGCAUCGGCAGUAUUCCUGAACCCAGCGUGGACCGGGGGGCUGAGAGGGAGGCCCGCUCUACACCUCCUGUCUCUGUCACCUGUUCCUGCUCCCCUGUGCCUGAACACCCCCUCACCCCCGCAAAGAGCUCUGCCUCCUCAGAGAGACUCAGCAGGCAUCCAGUGAAGCAGAGCUCGGUGGAGUGUCAGCUGAAGAGGGUAGACGCCACACGGGUAGACGCUGACGACAUCGUGGAGAAGAUCCUCCAGAGCCAGGACUUCAGCCACGGCCUGCUGGACUCCAGCGCUGAGGAGGAGGGGCUCAGGCUGUUUGUUGGUCCAGGUGGAAGCACAGCGCUGGGAAGCCAACACACCAGGGUUGGCGCGGGGCCCUACGAGCAGGUGGUGAUCAGACGCUAACCCCCUGGGAGUGGAUGUGUCUUAUAAGGUGCCAGAACACCACAGAGUCUGACAGAGGGAAAUAGUAGUCUCACCUCUAUGCAGGACAUUUGUUCCAAUGGGAGUCCAGGUCUGAUGUGUGAACCUGUGUGAGCCUGCUCCCCUAGUGUUGAAGCCAGGAGGUGACUUGAAGUCAUGAUUACAACUUGUUCAAUAACUUUGAGAAGAAAGAGGAUAUAUUGAUAUAUAUACACACUGUGCAGUCGGAAAGUAUUGAGACCCCUUGAUCUUUUUUCACGUUUUGUUACAGCCUUAUUCUAAAAUGUAUUUUAUAUAUAUAUAUAUUCAAUCUACACACAAUCAAUACCCCAUAAUGACAAAGCAAAAACUGUUUUUUCGACAUUUAUUAAAAAUGGAAAUAUCACAUUUACAUAAGUAUU